AUGGAUCAAAAACAUGCGCUGCACGUGGCUAACACAGCACUAAUAAACUUCCUGCAGGCAGAGUGCCUUCCCGGCUGGCUGCACGAGCUGGGGAAGCGCCUGGAGGCUCCUUACCCCAGUCUAGGAUUGGUGAACAGCUCUGGCCCCCCCAUCCGCAGUGUGUACAUCGCCUCCCUGUACUUCACCCUGAGCAGCCUGACCAGUGUGGGCUUUGGAAACGUGUGUGCCAACACGGACGCCGAAAAGAUAUUCUCUUAUCCCAUGCCCCGCAUGGAGGACUUUUUGUGCAACUUCCAACCGCAUAGAUAG